AUGGGUUGUGUCCAGUCCUCCGGCAUCGACGAUGAGGCCAAGGCCCGCAACGAUGAGAUUGAGAACCAGCUCAAGCGCGACCGCAUGAUGGCCAAGAACGAGAUUAAGAUGCUGCUUCUCGGUGCUGGAGAGUCGGGCAAGUCUACUGUCCUCAAGCAGAUGAAGCUCAUCCACCAUGGUGGCUACAACGAGCAGGAGCGGGACUCGUACAAGGAGAUCAUCUACUCCAACACCAUCCAGUCUAUGCGUGCUAUUCUGGAGGCCAUGCCCCAUCUCGACAUCCAGCUCGCGCCGCAAAACGACUCCCGCCGUGCGGUUGUCCUCUCCCUCCCUGGCCAGAUUGAGGGUGAUGUCCUCCCCCGUGACGUUGCGGACGCCAUCCGUAGCCUCUGGAGAGAUCCCGGUGUGAAGGAGGCCGUCUCCCGCUCCCGCGAGUUCCAGCUCAAUGACUCCGCCGUCUACUACUUCAACGCCAUGGACCGCAUGUCCGCCCCCAAUUACAUGCCUACUGACCAGGACAUCCUCCGCUCCCGUGUCAAGACGACGGGUAUCACUGAGACCACAUUCAAGGUCGGCGAGCUUACCUACAAGCUUUUCGAUGUCGGUGGCCAGCGGUCCGAGCGUAAGAAGUGGAUCCACUGCUUCGAAAACGUCACCGCCCUUGUUUUCCUCGUCUCCCUUUCCGAGUACGACCAGAUGCUCUACGAGGACGAGAGCGUUAACCGUAUGCAGGAGGCGCUGACCCUCUUCGACUCCAUCUGCAACUCACGAUGGUUUGUCAAGACGUCGAUCAUUCUGUUCCUGAACAAGAUUGAUCUCUUCGCUGAGAAGCUUCCUCGGUCACCGCUGGGCGACUACUUCCCGGACUACAACGGUGGUGACGACUACGACGCAGCAUGCAACUACCUUCUUCACCGAUUCGUGUCCUUGAACCAGAGCGCAGCAACGAAGCAGAUAUACGCGCACUACACUUGUGCGACAGAUACCCAGCAAAUCAAGUUCGUCUUGAGCGCCAUCCAGGACAUCCUCCUCCAACUCCACCUGCGGGAGUGUGGCCUCCUGUAA